AUCUGAAAUUGUGAGUGUUAUUUAUCGGCUCGUCAUUUUGUAGGAGUGAAAUGAUUUAUAUAUAACAAUGGCAGAAAAUGUAGCAUUAUCUAACAGAAUGUCCAAAUUAAUCGGAGCUGUUGACCAAGGAACAAGCAGUUCCCGGUUUCUUGUUUUUUCAAGUGAUACAGCUGAAAUAAUAACUUACCAUCAAAUAGAGACUAAGCAAAUUUUUCCUCAGGCUGGAUGGGUCGAACAGGAUCCUCUGGAGAUUUUAUCUUCCGUUCGAUUAUGCAUAGAUAAAACCGUUGAAAAGCUUAAAGAGUUUGAAAUUGAUCCAUGUAAUAUAAAAGCAAUUGGUGUUACUAAUCAAAGGGAAUCUACUGUAGUUUGGGACAAAUACACCGGAAAGCCCCUGUAUAAUGCAAUCAUAUGGCUCGACACGAGAACUGUUGAUACAGUUGAGUUGUUAUCUAAGAAAAGGGGGUCCAAAGCCGUCCAAGAGAAAAGUGGAUUGCCAAUAACAAGUUAUUUUAGUGCAGUUAAAUUGAAAUGGAUGAUUGAAAAUGUUGCAGAGGUAAGAGAAGCAUUACAGAAAGAUCAGUGUUUGUUUGGAACUGUUGAUUCAUGGAUUAUUUGGAGUUUAACUGGAGGUAUUAAAAAUGGCAUUCAUGUGACUGAUGUAACAAAUGCUAGUCGUACAUUGCUGAUGAAUAUAAGAUCAUUGGAGUGGGAUCCUUGGUUAUGUAACUUUUUUCAAAUUCCCAUGUCUGUUCUACCAAAUAUUCGCAGUAGUUCUGAAAUCUUAGGUUAUAUUUCAAGUGGAUCAUUAACUGGUGUUCCUAUUUCUGGUUGUUUAGGUGAUCAAAGUGGAGCCUUAGUGGGUCAGUUAUGUUUCAAACCUGGGUCUGCAAAAAACACAUAUGGUACUGGAUGUUUCUUGCUGUGUAAUACAGGCAAAGUCCCUGUUUUUUCACAACACGGACUUUUAACUACUGUUGCAUAUAAAUUAGGUCCUGACAAACCGGUUAUUUAUGCUCUUGAAGGAUCUGUUGCCAUUGCUGGUGCUUUGAUUCGAUGGUUAAGAGAUAAUCUAGGAAUAAUUGUAGAUUUAUCACAUAUUGAAACUCUUGCUAGUUCUGUACCUAGUAGUCAUGGUGUUUAUUUUGUUCCUGCAUUUUCUGGUCUGUAUGCUCCAUACUGGCAUCCCAAUGCUAGAGGCACAAUUUGUGGUUUGACUCAGUUUUCUACCAAAGCUCACAUAGCUCGAGCAGCACUUGAAGCUGUAUGUUUCCAGACGUGUGAAAUUGUUAAUGCUAUGAAUGCAGACAGUGGAUUUCCAUUAGAACAACUUCAAGUUGAUGGAGGAAUGACAAGUAAUACUCUACUGAUGCAAAUUCAAGCUGAUCUUUUAGGAUUACCUGUUAUCCUGCCUUCCAUGCCAGAAACUACAGCUUUGGGUGUUGCAAUGGCAGCUGGUGCUGCUAAAGGAAUUGAAGUAUGGGACCUUGAAAUUGCUGAGCGUACUGAUAUUACCACUGAAACUUUUAUUCCUAGUAUACCUCCAGCUGAAAGAGAACUACGUUAUUCAAUAUGGAAAAAAGCUGUCCAGCGUUCUAUGAAUUGGGAAGAUGAGAGUACCAAAAAGAAAAUAGUAAGAAAUUCUCUGCUGCAAUCUUUGCCAGGUGGAAUAUUUUUGUUUUCAUCAUUUGCCCUUCUUUUGUUAGCUGAGAGUCUUGUGAAGAAGUGAUUUGAAUAUUGUAUUAAUGCUUUAUACUUGGGAAUUAAUUUUAUAAGAAAUACUUUUAAAGCUUUUAUAUAUCAAGAUUCAAAAAUAUACCGUGGACAGCCAUGCCGUUUCUUGUUGUUUGACUUCUGAAUUAAUUUUAUAUAUAAUUGUUACUUUUUUGUGUACUGUUGUUAGUGUUGCUGGUUAAUACACUUCAGUUAAGUUGUUUUCAGUUAUUUUAUCAUUAUCAUAAAACAAAGCACAAAUCUUUAUUUUUGAAUAUUAUGUGGUUAAACACAAUUUAUGAUAUGCACCUAACAUUUUUAAAAGGUGUUGAAUUUUUUAUGGUUGUAGUCAUAGCAAAUUGAUGUAAACAAAUCGAUGAGAGAGAUUAUAAUGAUCAUAUUCUUUUGCCUAAAUAAUGCAUUAAGCUGCAUUUCAGAAAUGAUAUGAUUUUAAUUAUAUUUCAUGCUCUUGUUUUUUAAAUAUUUAAUCUUGAUAAUUGGUUUAAUUAUAUUUCACAAGAUGGCUGUUGCGUAAUAUUCCUGUUGUGCAUAAUGUACAGGUUGAUUGAUAGUAAUGCAGAAAUAAUAUCUUGUGCCUUUUAAUCAUAUAGGUAAUUGGCUGAUGUAAAAAGAAUUAGCACCUUGAGUAUGAGCAGAUUAGGUAAUUUAACUUUAUAAAUGGAAAAACUUGGAAAUGUGCAUUGAAAUUUUUAUAAAAAUUGCCUCACAUUUUUUAAACAGUUAAUUGAUCAUUUUUCUACCUAGAUUGCGGAAGAUGGUAGGUGAAGUAAUGUUUCCAAGUCUUAUCGAUGUAUUAAAUAUUUAAUUUCCAGUAAGUAUACAGUUAAUAAAAUGAAGUUUACGUGUAAAAUGAAGCUAAAUACAAUCAAAAUGAUACACCAAGCAAUGAUUGUUGGAAAUACUAAGAUAAAAAAAUAUGCAAAUAUAUGAAAAAUUAAGCUGAUUCUCGUUACCUUAGCAAGCUGUCAACCUUGAAAUCUUAAAAAACUGGGAACUUUAACGCUGCAUGGUGACACCAUUUCGAAGCAACUCUCAAUUGACUUUUUGGUAAAAUCUUAGGAGAGCCCAAAUCCUUGGCGACAAACUGGGAAAGUGCAGAUUCACCUACUGCUUUGCACGUUUCUCAAAAUCGCCAAAUUGAAAUUAGUCAGUCAAAGAAUUGAAAAUUUGGUAUCCAUGCACACAUCGACCUAUUUUCACUUAAAAACAUCAGAGAAUUGCACAAGCUUGACAUUGUACACUCUUGAAUUAAUCCAUGUCUACAUCUGUGCGUGUCAUAUAAGUGGGUGCGUCAAGGGUGUGGGCUCUGCUAAGAACUGACUGACUUUAAUUCACUCAAUAAUGUACGUCUAAAAUUGUUUUAGUGUGUAAGGGAAUCGUGUAAUAUCUUUCCAAGAGCAUUUUCAGAUACAAUUUGAUUUUAACUAAAUUUUAGCUUCUUUUUAAAGAAAAGCAUACUUUUUAUUUAUCAAAAAUUAGGAAAUUAUAUUUGAAAUAUUCUUGAAUAUUUUUACC